AUGGCCACUCCUCGAGUCACACGUUCGCGCGCCUCCGCCACGCCGCAGCCGCAAGCCCUCGAAGCUGCGCAGCACCGCCCAAACUUCUCGUACGGUACCCGCGGUCCAGCUGCUCCCAAUGCCCAGGUCGCAAAUGAUGAGGCAAAUUUUGAUAAUGUCUUCCAAAGCAGUCGAGCCACUCCGCAACCAGAGCCAGUGGCCAAGCCAGGCAAAGGCAAGGCCAAGCAGCAAGACAGCAUGGAGCCAGAGAGCGCCGUCGGACCACGGCCACCCACUCGUUUCCAGAAUCCCGGCCUCUACGAGGACGGUGAACCGGGACCGCCACCCCGCCCGCCAGUCCCAGCUUUCGACGCCGCUCCUCUCCGCACUGCUCCCCGUGUUCAAACCCCUGCCGCCGCCCCUCUCCGCACCGCUCCCCGUGUUCAAACUCCUGCCGCCGCUCCCAUUGCCACAGCUCCUGUCCAGCCAGCCGGAAACGUUCAGCCCUGGUCGUUCACCGUCUUUCUUCACGCCGUUCCACGCUGGGUGAAGGAGGCCACCAUGUUCAAGAACUGCAUGGCCUUUCUCUUUCUCGCCACCUUCCUCCUUGGCGUUCUCACGGCCGGCUUGCUCACAGCGAGCUUUCUCCCGGUGGGACCGCUUGGUCCGGCGAGGGACUCUCUCCUCGGCGGCUUCAAGCGCACCCUCGGCCUCCCAUACUUCGACCUCCCUCCGAACAGCACAGUCGUUGAUACGCGCCUGUGGGGCAAUUCACCCGCCUUGCAGGAGCAGAUCAACGCGCAGACCUACUGGAAUCGCGAGUUUCGCAAUAACAUCCUGGCGCAAAUCGAAAUCACCGGCGGUUUGAGGAGGGAUCUCUCUCUGGCGAACGAGACACUGAGCCAACUGAGCCAGAUACUGCCGUCCAUGAUGGCUGUCGUUGAGAGAGACGGAAAGCUCGAAAUUCCGGAAAUCUUCUGGGAUGCUCUGCUCGACAAGGUCGGUUCGGACGCUGCCGCUCCACUUUGGGAGAACUUUCUGAGGCUCAACGAAGACUGGCUCGCCAAGCAACAAAAUGCCACACUUCAGGGGAAGUUGGACACCUUCCAGGUCGAUCGCAAGCUCAUCGAUCGGGAAGAGUUCACCGCAACUCUGGAGCGCAAUCAGGCAUACAUCGACAGCCACCUCGACGAACACCUCGACGCUUUCCGCACCAAACUCCUGCACGAUGCCCAGAGAGAGGUCCAGAGACAAGCCACCACAAUCCUCGAAAGCUCACCUGCCUACAAGAUCUCCCGAGCCCAGCUCUCGACACUCGCCCUCACCAACCUACUCAUGAACAUUAACGAUGCUCAGAGAGACAUCAAUUGGUUGACGCGAGCUACAGACGCACUGAUUGAUCCUCGAUACACCUCCAAGACCCAGGAUAGCCGAAUCGCCAGUGCCAAGACCUGGUACCAGCGAUUGUUCAUCAAGCUCGUACCUGCUGCUGUCCCUGCCUACCCACCGGCCAUGGCACUGCUGGGCUGGGAUGAAGCCGGACAGUGCUGGUGCACUCCCACCAGUAAAGGCGAGACAGAAGCCGGUCAGCUGGGCGUCCUUCUCGGCCACACGAUCUCACCUCAAAAGUUCUACAUCGAACAUGUUCCAGCCAGGGCCACCCGCAACAUCCAUUCAGCGCCACAAGAGUUUGAACUCUGGGCGCAGAUGAACUCGUCCGCUGAAGUCAAGCGUGUGCACGAUAUCAUGGUCGACGACGAUUACUACUACCAGUACCCACCCGAGAAGGCCUUCAAGAAUGGAGGACCUUGCGGCAAACCUCCCCGAGGCGAAGACACCUGGAUUUGCAUCCUCCGCCAGAAGUACGACAUUCACAACCACAACCACUUCAUGAACUGGGAAGUACCAUUCUCACCGGCGCUCAACAUGACCACCAACCGUAUCGUGGUGCGAGCGAAAACCAACUGGGGCGCUCCCCACACUUGCUUCUACCGCGUUCGCCUCACUGGCGUCGAAGUCCGCGAUGAGCCUGAUCCGGAGAGACCCAUUCCGAGAAUGGAGCCGAAGGAAAUUGACAAUUCUUACAUGAUGAAGACCAUGGCUGUUGACCGCCGCUUCAUCUGA